UGUUCGGAGUGAGCUGCAGAGGAGAGAGGAAAACGUUCUCUCAACGUAGUCAUUGCAGGUCACUCCUGGAGAAAUUGUGUUUUCUACUUGGGCAAGAGCCUUAAAAAUCUGCAGUUGUGCAUGUUUUGGUGGACUUGUGGCUUCUGCCAGUGAGAGGGGGCAUAAUCGAGGUGAUGGCUCAGCUGCAGAGGCUGCCUCAUUCAGACAGGACAGUCAUUCUUCCUUUUGGGCAGCUGGUUGUGUGGGAGAGGGAAGGGCCAUGACUGAUGCCACGCGUGGACCUCGGGGUGGAGGAGGAAGAUGUGGAGCACAUGCUGGGACGUCAUAAAUAGUCACCCAUGGGUGGUGCCUCCAGGACAGGGCUCAUCCGAGGGGUGGACGCCGCUGGCUCUACGUGGCAUCACUCCCAGGGUGGCCAUGUGCGUGGGGAAGUGCAGCCGCAUCGUGGGUCCCUGCCUGCUGGCGUUGGGCACACUCUCAGUGGCAGCCAACAUCCUCCUGCUCUUCCCUGGUGGGACAUCCAAGUACCUGCUGGAGGGGCACAUCAGCAAACAUGCCAAGGUCGUGCCAGGUGUCUGGGGAGGCGGCUUCCCCGUGCUGCUGGCAGCGGCCCACACCACGGCGGUGGGGUGGCGAUGCGCUGGCUGCUCCAACUGCGGCACCCGUCACAACGCUUUCAUCUCUGCUGUGCUCUCCAAGCUGGCACUCCUGGGUGCCACCGCCUGCUUCGUCCUCUCUGGGGUGGGUUUGACCAACGGACCCCUCUGCUUCUACAACACCUCUGAGCAUGGCACCCUCUGGGAUUACCCCUUCCUGGAUGCUGGUUGCCAGGAGCCUGAUGCCAGGACAGAGAACUACCUCUAUGGUUGUCACACCUGGAGCAUCUGCCUGGAGCCGGCAGGCGUUGUGACCUGGAACGUCGUCCUCUUCUCCCUCCUGCUGCUCGUCAGCGCCGCCGAGAUGGUGCUGGCCUCCCUCCAGAUCCUCAACGGCUGCCUCGGGUGCCUCUGUGGCUUUUGCGAGGGGAAGUAGAGACCUGCCAUGGUGCCAGGAGGCUGGCACUUGGAGGAGGCAUCAUCCUCAGGUGUCCCUUGGCUGGUGGCAAAUGCCAUCAUGGGGAUAGGGCACAAGCUGUGACACCAGCCCAGUGCAAGACAGGUUCCCCCAUGGGGGAGAGACACCCCAGCCUGCACGAGACGCGGAAGCCACAUGCGUGGGGUCACACAAAGGCCUCCGGGCAGAGUCCUUGGCUUGGGUGAUAUCGCUUCCUCCACCCUGGAGCGGAUGCCCUUGGGCCUGGCAGCCUUUUGGGGUUGGAAACCAGUCUGGUGAGUGAUGGAGGUGGGGACCUGGCUCCUGGCAUUCCAGCACUGAGCCCAACGGCUUUCCUGGCUGCUCCCCAUUAGCCUUCCCCCGUGCAAAAUGUGACUUGGUGAUAUUUGUAGAGCUAAGACCUUGAACAUUAACUUAUUCGCAUUAAUCAAUCUGUGUUUAGGGCAGCUUGUGUUGGUGUUUGUCUUCCACCUGGGGCAGGAGGGACAAAGGAGACUGGAGGAGCCAAGCUGGGCUCUGGCUGGGGGACUCGGAUGGAGUUGUGCUGGAAAUGAGGUGUAGCCCCCCAAAAUUCACCCGUAUGCAUGCACAAACGGGCAGCAGAGGUUAGGAGCAGCCGCUCAUCCCCACUGGUCCAGGACCCGCCGCUGCACUCACAGGGGGUGAUAUCGGCUUCAGCAGGUCCCCUGAUCCCACGACCUCAUCCCCAUGACCUUUACAGGGACCGAGUGGGCACCGACCUGAACCUGCCUGUGGUACCAGGACCUUUACCCUAAAACCUGAAAAGGUGAUGAGGAAAGCAGCAAUGUCCACAAUAGAUUAAAAAAAAGGCAAUCAGCCAGAUCAAACAGUAACUUUGGAAAGAUCAUUGAGAAA